AUGUGUUUAGCCAAGCUUGAUGCCAAAUACGAUGAAGUGCUGAAUGAUGUGGAUAGUUUCUGUCGUGAGCAAGGCAAUGACCCGUAUGCAACACUACGUGCACUACGUUUAGUGGCUGAAGCAUACGCAGUAAAAGGAUUCUCAAUUGAAGCGAUUCUGAAACGUGGUUCGACUGCACAGCAACCCACAUCGCAGCAGCAACAACAACGCUCGCGUAUGAAUGCACUCUACUGCUUCGAGAAAUCCGCUGAACUCACGAUUUCGUAUGUGAAUGAACUGGAGAAAUCUUUAGCAUCAACGACGAGAGUAUCGUCAGGCACUAUCCUAUCAUCACAACAAUCUAACGGAGUGAAUGCUGGCAGAUCAUUCGAUAAAAUGGGUGAUUUAUUGGAGUCAUCGUUGGAACGUGUACCAUUACUUCGGUUACGGAGGAACGUUUGCGAUUGUCCGUGGGGUGUAGAGGGCAUCGAGUGGUACCGACAUAUCAUGACGUCUCUUGGUGAUAAACUCGUCGGAGAAAAACUUCAACAGAGGUUUGCCUUCAUUUGUAAUUCUGGUCAGAUUUUUCAAUUAUCAACUUGGAUUAGUUUUGUAAUGAGGUACUGCGAAUCGGUUUUUAUCUCUGUUUCAGUCUUGGUCUUAGCGAUCAAUUUAAUUGUAAUUGAGUGUAAUCGAGUGUAA